CUCCGUCUCUUAUCCGCUCGAAGAUGUCACUCCUGUUCUCUCCCCGCAGUUCAUUUCCCUCCAAAUCCCUCCUCCUCCCCUACAAAAAUGCUCCCGUUUCACCGUUGCACUGUGCGAUUUCAGCUCCGGAGAAGAGACCGAGGAGAAGAAAGAAGCAGCAGAUGAAGCAUAAAGAGCAGGAGGAAAAGCAUAGAGACAAAGCAGAUGCUUUUUCCUCUAGUGGCCUCGUCGUCGUCUCAGCGCUGGAGAAGGGGCUUCGCUUUACCUUCAUGGAGGAGCUGAUGGACCGCGCCAGGAACCGCGACUCUAUCGGCGUCUCUGAUGUCAUUUACGACAUGAUCGCCGCCGGGCUCAGCCCUGGUCCGCGCGCCUUCCACGGUCUGGUCGUUGCGCACGUGCUUAAUGGCGACGAAGAAGGAGCGAUGCAAUCACUGAGAAAGGAGUUGAGUGCAGGGCUACGCCCUCUCCAUGAAACACUGGUUGCGCUGAUUCGCUUGUUUGGUUCUAGAGGUCAUGCUACGAGAGGCCUAGAAAUCCUUGCAUCAAUGGAGAAGUUAAAUUAUGAUAUUCGCAGAUCUUGGCUGAUUCUUGUUGAGGAGCUUGUUAGGAGCAACCAUUUACAAGAUGCUAACAAGGUGUUCUUGAAGGGUGCCAAAGGCGGGCUUAGAGCCACUGAUGAACUCUAUGAUCUUAUGAUUGAGGAAGACUGUAAAGCAGGUGAUCAUUCUAAUGCCUUAGAAAUUGCAUAUGAAAUGGAAGCAGCUGGACGACCAGCAACAACGUUUCAUUUCAAUUGCCUACUUAGUGUUCAGGCAACAUGUGGAAUUCCCGAGGUAGCUUUUGCAACCUUUGAGAACAUGGAAUAUGGAGAAGAUUAUAUGAAACCUGAUACAGAGACAUAUAACUGGGUAAUCCAAGCAUAUACAAGAGCUGAAUCUUAUGAUAGGGUUCAAGAUGUUGCUGAAUUACUUGGCAUGAUGGUUGAAGAUCACAAACGUUUGCAACCUAAUGUGAAAACCUAUGCGCUGCUAGUUGAAUGCUUCACCAAGUAUUGUGUUGUACGCGAAGCCAUUCGGCAUUUUCGUGCUCUAAUAAAAUUUGAGGGGGGAACCAGCAUUUUGCACAAUGAAGGAAAGUUUGGGGAUCCACUUUCUUUAUAUCUUCGAGCUUUAUGUCGAGAAGGGCGAAUUGUCGAGUUGCUAGAAGCUUUAGAAGCAAUGGCCAAAGAUAACCAAACUAUUCCCCCAAGGGCAACGAUUUUGAGCAGAAAAUAUCGGACAUUGGUUAGCUCGUGGAUUGAACCUUUACAAGAAGAAGCUGAGCUUGGAUAUGAGAUUGAUUACAUUGCUAGGUUUCAAAGGUGUUUGAAAAUUGGAAAGAUGCACCAUCGGAAGGUUUUGAAGACCUUUAGAAUGAAAGGACUCAUAGCUUUGGGGGAUGUAUCUGAAUCUGACUACGUGAGAGUGGUGGAGAGGCUAAAGAAAAUAAUCAAGGGUCCAGAACAAAAUGUUCUGAAGCCCAAGGCAGCUAGCAAGAUGAUUGUAUCCGAGUUGAAGGAAGAACUCGAAGCACAAGGUUUGCCCACUGAUGGAACAAGAAAUGUUCUUUACCAGCGCGUGCAAAAAGCAAGGAGAAUAAACCGAUCUCGUGGUCGGCCUCUUUGGGUUCCUCCUGUCGAGGAGGAAGAAGAAGAGAUUGAUGAGGAGCUGGAUGAGCUAAUUUCUCGAAUCAAGCUGGAGGAAGGAAACACAGAGUUCUGGAAACGUCGGUUUCUUGGAGAAGGUUUGAAUCAUGAUCAGGCUAACCCCGAGGACAUGGUUGAGUCAGAACCUCCAGAGGAACUGGAUGAUGUAGAUACUGUAGAAGAUGUUGCUAAGGAGGUCGAAGAUGAUGAGGCUGAUGAGGAAGAGGAAAUAGAACAAACUGAGAGCCAAGAAGACGGAGACAGGGUCAAGGACAAAGAAGUUGAAGCUAAGAAGCCUCUUCAAAUGAUUGGUGUCCAGUUGUUGAAAGAUUCUGAUGAAGUUACAUCAAAGAAAAGAAGAAAGAAGCUUUCGCGAAUAUCUGUAGAGGACGACGACGACGAUGAUUGGUUUCCUGAGGAUAUAUUUGAAGCACUCAAGGAGAUGAGAGAAAGAAAAGUGUUUGAUGUAUCUGACAUGUAUACAAUAGCUGAUGCUUGGGGUUGGACAUGGGAGAGAGAGCUGAAGAAAAAACCUCCUAGAAAAUGGUCACAAGAAUGGGAAGUUGAGUUGGCAAUUCAAGUACUACUGAAGGUAAUAGAAUUGGGUGGAACACCGACCAUUGGGGAUUGUGCAAUGAUAUUGCGAGCAGCAAUAAGAGCUCCUAUGCCUUCAUCUUUCUUGAAGAUCUUGCAGACCUCGCAUAGUCUUGGUUAUGUCUUUGGGAGUCCCCUUUAUGAUGAGAUAGUAUCAUUGUGCCUUGACCUCGGAGAGCUGGAUGCAGCUAUUGCAAUUGUUGCAGACAUGGAGACUACUGGAAUUGCAGUCCCAGAUCAAACCUUGGACAAGGUCAUUUCUGCUAGGCAGGUCAUCAACCCUGCAACAGAUGAUACAUCAUCACAGCUGUAGGUAAGCUAUAUAUAUAUAUAUAUAUGUUUAAAAAGCUGUAGGUUAGCCCUUUCCUUAGAUAUAGAAUUGUUCUAGAACUAAGAGCAGCAUUUUUGUUUUAGGCUCAGCUGCACACUAAGAAUUUUUAAUGCUUCAAAAUCAGAGCAAUAUCAUUGUUUGUUAUAUCGAGUAUAACAUGUACGUAAUAAUCAAUCUGACAUUAGAUAGUGAUUCCAUUAUCUUCA